AUGGACAGCAUCGACAAGGAAUACGAUCGGCUCGUUCAACAUCUUCAUGACUGCAAGAGGAAGGCUCAGAGUUCUAAAACCACCAAAAGGAGUCUGUCUUCUGAAAUUAUAGAGCAGAUAAUAAUAAAGCUGCAUGAGCUGAAGGCAACCAAAACCUCAUGUUCAAGCUCGCAAGGCUUUGCAGAGAGGCCAUCAAAGAGAGUAGAGCAGAAGUGUUUUCUGAAGCUCCAGAGGCGGGAAAGAUCAUCUGUUAUGGCCGUCGAGAAUUCGCCAAUUGAAAGACGAGAUGGAGUGCACUCCGAAACCCAAAUAAAACAACCGCAGCGUUGA